AUGGCUGCGGCCGAAGUUUUGGCGUUCACAGAAAGCUGGAGAGAAAGCGGACAAGGCUGGUUCGGAACAGCAGAGACCUUGAGGACUGGCUGGGAUAAGAGGUCAUUGCAGCUUCAAUUGACGCGUAUUUCCGUUGCAUGGAUCAACAGUAGGAGCUCUCAUUUGGUAUGGCUUGGCUCCGCCGAAUUGUUGCCCUACGACACUGGGUCUGGCUCUAACACUUUUGGUUGUCUGCAGGCUUCAAAUCCAUCACGACCUCCAAGCGGCAGGCCACUCUUGGUAUCAGACUUUUGGUCUAGGCGGUCUAAUAGGUUGCCAAACGAUACUCCACCCCCCGAUUCUUCAUUUGAUGUAUGCGAUCCUACCGACACAUGCUGCUUUGCUCGCCAACGGAACCCGUCCUGCGUGAAUCGUCUUCUUCUACAGAAACCAGGCGAAGAUGCAGAGAAACCGCACAGGUCUGAAAAUGAUCUAUUCUCGGAUCCAGUCCUGGGUGUCACCGUGGACUUCGACUCCCGGCAUGGCAUAAUUGAGGCUGCUAAAAAGAAGAAGAAUGCCGCCCAGAAAGCCGCGGCAGCUGCAAAGGCGUUUGACGAUAAUAACGGUGGUGAUAAAAACGGGGACGGCGAGGAAAAUAACAACGGCGGUGGAGAUCAAGGCGGUGGGGAUCCCGGAAGUGGCAGCGCUGGCGGUGCCGGUGAUGGCUCUGGGGGCGGUAAUGGAGACGAGGACAAAGACAAGGACAAGGACGGGUCUGGCGAUGCGAAGGAGGAUGACCCUUGGGAUGACUUCAUGCCAGCCAAAUCCAAGAAGAAAAAAGGCAAGAAGGGUGCCGAUGCGGAAGCAGAAGCGGCACCAGCGGUUCCCACUGCAGACGUUGGAGGAGACGCCUUCCACGAAAUAAAACUUGGCGACGAUUCUGGAGGCAAAUUAGACAUGAACUUUGGUUCUACCGAUACUAAAGACAGUUUCGGGGCAUGGGGUACAAAAUGGAACACGGGCGGCAGUGGCGGCGGCAGUGGCAGUAACUGGGAUUGGUCUGCGACAGGCGGUGGCGACGCCGGAGCUGGGACAGAUCCCAAAAAGGACGAGCUUGACUCUAAUCCAUGGAAUACCAAAGGCUCAAAAGCGAAGAAUGGCAAAACUACGUUUUCGUUUGGAUCCCUGGAUAAACCCGAAACCGAAACGGAAGACCAAGGUUCCGCUGGGCCCAAAGAAGACGACUUCGGGUUUACAACUGCCGUCUCUGGAAAAAAAGGCAAGAAGAAGAAGGGAACCAGCAUCUGGGGCGCAGAUACUGUUGAAGAUUCGAAGGAUACAGUUGUCGAGAACACAGAUGCCGGUACGGCGGGGGACCCCUGGGGCUGGACGUCAACCAAGAAGAAGGGGAAGAAGGAAGAGCUUGAGCUAGAGCCUGAACCGGAACCAGAACAAAAUAUCCCGCCGCCACCAGUUGAUGAUUGGAUGGCCCCUACUUCGAAAAGCAAGAAGAAGAAGAAAGGAGCCGUUGCUGUUGAAGAGCCAGUUGAACCAUCCAAAUCAGACCCUGAACCCCUUAAGGAGGAGGCUGAUGAUAUCUGGGACACUUGGGGUACUGGGAAGAAGGAUAAGAAGAAGAAAGGCGAGGAACCACCAGCUCCACCACCUGAGCCGGAACCUGCGCCUGCCGAUGACUUCUGGGGCGCCGCGACCACAAAAAAAAGCAAGAAGAAGGGUAAAGCAGCCGCCGAACCAGAGCCAGAGCCGGAACCUGUCAAAGAACCGGAACCGGAACCUGAACCUGAGCCUGUGAAGAAGGAUGAAGAUAGCUGGGGUAUCGCGACGACCAAGUCUGGCAAAAAGGACAAGAAGAAGAAGAAAGCAUCCAUGUGGGAUGAUCCCGAGCCAGCUGCCGCGCCAGCCGUGCCUGAGUCCCCUCCAGAAGAGCCCCCAAAAGAGAACAAGGAAGAGGCUGACGAUAUCUGGGGCAUGGCUAGCAACUCAAAGAAGAAGAAAAAGAAGAAUAAGGAUCUAGACCCUGAACCUGAACCAGAGCCCGAACCUGAAGCUGAAACCCAGCCUAUACCUGAACCUGAUCCAGAGGAAAAGGAACCAGAAGAUAUUUGGGGCACAGUCAAUUCGUCAAAGAAGGACAAGAAAAAGAAAAAGAAGGGGGUGGCCGAGGAGGUCGUUGUACCAGAACCAGAACCAGAGUCCCAGCUGGAGCCGGAGCCAGAGCCGGAGCCAGAAAAGAAGUCAGAGGAUGAUCUUUGGGCCGGCCUCUCGAAAAAAGAACAGAAAAAGAAGAAGAAAGGUGCUGUCGAGGAGACGAAGGAGGCGGUAGCUCCCACAGAGCCAGAACAGUCCGUUGACGAUGGAUGGGGCUCUUGGGGUGCAAGUUCCAAAAAAGACAAGAAGAAGGAAGGCCUCAAAGAAGAGCCGACGAAAGAUGACGUCUGGGGCUUUGGAAGUAGCUCUAAGAAAGACAAGAAGAAGAAGAAGGGUGCCUCUGACUUGAUUGAACUGGACGACCCGGAUAAAACGGCCUCUAGUGAAGAACCCCUAAAAGAUACUGUGGAAGCUACUGGCGAUGAUGAUUUCUUUAGCUCUUGGGGAACUGGCAAGAAAGACAAGAAGACGAAAGGAUCCGAUGACUCAUCCUUAAAGCCCGACAGCAUUGAGGAACCCGUUGACAACCUUUGGGGUGCUGUCACUAAAAAGGAUAAGAAAAAGAAGGACAAGACGAAAGACGACCCCGUGGAAGUAAAGGAAGACACAACUGGUGAGACAGUCCAACCCGAUGCAGUAGAGGAGAUCAAGGACAGCAAGGUUGAUGAUGACGGCGACUGGGCCUGGCCAUCAUCUACUAAAAAGAAAUCAAAAUCGAGCAAGGAUACCUUAGCUGAUCCACCCCCUCCCGCGCCCACUCCCCCCUGUAUGGACCUUACUGAACCAGAAGAUCGAACAGGACAAGCCGAUGCCGAUCCGUGGGAUGACCUGACUACGUCUAAAUCGAAGUCUAAAUCCAAAGAUAAGGAAGCAGAGAAGGAAAAAGGAAAGUCGAAGACUGAAAAGGAACCGAAGCUGAGCGAGAAGGACCUCAAGAAACUCGAGAAGGAAAAGAAGAAGGCCGAGAAAGCUGAAAAGGAACGACUGGAGCAAGAAGCUAAGGAAGCUGCCGAGCGAGAAGCUGAAGAACUUGCUGCUAGGGAGGCGGAAGAAAAGGCAAGACUCGAAGAGGAAGAAAGCGCCCGAAUUGCUGCAGAAGAAGCUGCAAAAGAAGCUGCAAUUGUCCAAGAGGAGGAAGAGCUUGCGGCUCUAGAGGAGAAGAAAGCAAAGAAGGGCAAGCUCAAUAAGAAGGACACAGAGAAGUAUAAUCGCUUAAAAGAGAGUGUUGAUAAGCGAGCAGACGGAAAGGCUGCCGAGGAGGCCGAGGAACAGGCAGCACGGGCAGCAGAGGAGCAGGCAGCAAAGGAAGCAGAGGAACAAGCUGCAAAAGAGGCAGAGGAACAAGCUGCAAAAGAAGCUGAAGAACUAGCUGCACGAGAGGCGGAGGAGAAAGCCGCCCGAGAAGCCGAGGAAGCCGCUAAGAAGUCUUCUAAGAAGAGCUCCAAGUCGAAGGAGAAGGAGAAGGAGAAAGACAAGAAAAAGGACAAGAAAUCGUCAAAAGAGAAAGAGCCAGAGAAGGCACCAGAGCCGGAGCCAGAGCCAGACGCCGUGCCUGAACCGGUACCUGAGCCAGAACCCGAGUUGAAACCAGAGGAAGUGGAAGAGCUGCUUGCUCCAAAGGUAACAAAUGAUGCAUUCAGUUUUUGGGGGGUAGGCGGGUCCAAGAAAUCCAAGAAAGUUCUGGAAGAUGCUGUCAACGACAAGGACACGACACCAUUAACCCAGGCGGCUGAGGCUGUCUCAAAGGGGGUCUCGUCACGAAAAGCUGUUGGGGGAAGGAUUGCAGACAAGCUGAAGACUUUUGAGGCUGCACCGGAAGAGCCCCUGGCAGACCCUAUUCCUCCUCCACCCGCGCCACCAACUCCUCCAAAAGAAGAGAAGAAGAGCUCCAAGUCCAAGAAGAAAUCCAAGGAGAUAGAAGAGACUGAACAUGAGAGUUCGUCUUCAAAGAAGAGCCAUAAGUCUUCUGAAUUACCUGGAAGCUUCCCGGCUGACGAUGACGAAGAUGACAUAGUUGCAAUCGUUGACAUGGCACCAAAAGACAAGCCAAAGAAGAGCAAGAAGAGCAAGACAAAGGACGAAGGGCUACCUCCGCCUCCGCCUCCGCCUGUGCCCAUGCCCCCGGCUGUUCCUGAUGCUCCGUUGACCCCUCCACCUGAACCGAAAUCAUCUAAAAGAGACCGACCUAAGAUCAAUGGCGACGGUGCUUCGUGGGCAAAGUGGAGCACGACGCCAGCGACAGCGCGAAAGGAGGAAAGAAAAGAAGAUAGAAAGACAUCUUCGUCUUCGAAGUCCAAGUCUGACAAACCAUCUAAGCGUUCUUCUGACAAAACCUCAUCCAAGGAUUCCGGCUCGGACAAGGCAGAUCGUGCAGAGAAGUCAGACAAAGCAGCUAGUAAGGUCCGCAUGUCUGCCAUGUUCAGCACGCCACCUAUCUCGAGAUCCAUGUCCACUCGAGAUAAAGAGAGGCGUGGAGGCACUAGCGGAAGGCCAUCUUCACGCAGGCAUUCCAUGGAUGUCCAUGGUCUGGCUUCGCCCCCGCCAGAGAAUUUACCUGAUAUGUCGUCAAAGGCUGCCAAGGUCCUGGGCAUUGACAAGUCAGGCGGCAAGAAGAAGUCUCGAAGACGCCCUGAGGGCGAUGAUUUCGUAAUGGCGGGAGCUCUUGACGCUGAUCCUAGUGCGGCAAAGCGCGACAAGCGCAGAUCCAGGAGAUUCCCUGAAGAUGACGUUGUCAUGGUUGACUCCGGUAUUCCAUCAGAACCCCCGUUGAAGCGCGGCGCGUCGGCGUCCAAAAAGUCAGGGUUUGCUAGUCUCUUUGGCGGAUUAAUGACUCCAAAAUCAGCGAGGUUGGAUGCCAACGCUGAGGCUGAGGCAACAACGGGCGAAACAGACCGCGACACUCGUAGCUCAGCCCGAAGGUCGCGACGUAGCGAUCGAGAACAAAAUGACAAAGCAAGUGACGAAUCCCGGCGCGAAAGACGACGAAGGCGUGAGGAAGACACCGAGGUUCGUAAAGGCGACGACAAAGAAGCUAGAAGAGCUGAACGUCGCGCCGCACGCCGUGAAGCAGAAGAGCAGCGUGUCCAGGAAGAGCGAGAGGUCGAGAGAGCCGAGAGGACUGAGCGGCGUCGUUUGCGCAAAGAAAGGGAAGCCGCUGCCCUCGCUGUGGAGAGAGAUGCCAACGAGGCACGCCGGGGUUCUAAACAAGACCGCCGCCGCUCUCAACAUAUUGAUGUAACCGCCGAAGACGACCCUGAGCGUCAACGUAGACGAGAACGCCGUGCUGCCCGCGCCGCUGCAGAAGGUCUCGAUGGCCACAAGAGGAAGAGCAGUCGACGACGCACUGAACCCUCCGGCGACGAGCAGAUAUAUCCGCACAAGGACCGCAGACGAGAAAGCAAAAAUGGCACAGCCUGGCCACAUUCUGGGACGUCCUCGUGGGUCAAGGACCACUCGGACGCGCCGCCACCACCCGAGGACGGCGACCCAACCAAUGAAGAUAAAGUCAGACGUGAAGCGCGGCGAGCUCGACACAGGGCCAAACUAGGUGAUAUGACGGCAGAUGAUAUAGACGACCAACGUCGACGUCGCGCAAGACGUGAAGGACGAGAGCGAGAAAGACGUGUUGCUGGCUCAGAAGGCAGUGACGAGCGGCAAGAGAGCAGAAGGAACUCAGUUUUAGUUGACCCUGCUCCUCGAACAAGCUGGUGGAGGAAGUUAACUGGAUAA